AAAUUUUAGCCGCGAACAAUGAAACAACAGAAAUAGUGUCGAAUUUUGCUACGAAAUCUAGUUCCGUGGAUUCCACAAAGCUAUCCAUAUUUUUGACAAAAAAAACCAAAUGAUAUAUAAUUUAUCAAAAUAAAAUAUAGUUUCGUGUUUGGAUGCGGUCGCACUACCGGUACUCAAAUUAUUAAUAAUAUUAACCACCCGUAUUAAAUGCCAUUAUUCAUGGGCCCGGCAAAUCCACUGUACCAUAAACACAGAGCAUUCGAAAAAAAUUAGUUUAACUCAAUUUAAAUCGCAAUCCAAAACAAGACACGGAAAAAAAGAAAUCGAAUAAAUUAAAUCAAAUCGAAAAUAAUAAUUUUCAUAAAAAACGAGUGUUUUCGAAACGGAAAAAAGUUAAUAAUCCAAUCAAUGUUUAAGAAAAAUAUACUAAGAGGCGAAAAAAGCAUGCAACAAGUUGAAUUCGGCCGCAAGUUGUAAACCAAGUUAGAUCCGCACACAGAUACACACUAAUGCAUACGUGAACGAAUGCCCGGCCCGGAACACACUGACACACACAGUCACAGAGAGAAUCACACAGCACACACACUCUUACAAACGAACACACACACACACUCAGCCCAUAACAAUGUCAAGUGAAAACAUUCUCUGGACGCAACAGGUUUCCCCUUAAUAAGUCAUCGCGCAGAACUGUUCGCUCGAAAGAGAAAAGGAGAAGAGAAAAGAAAAGAAAAGAAAAGAAAAAGAGGAGCGCUAAGAGAAAAUAUAAAAAAAUAAAUAAAAACGAAUUCAGGCAAAGAAAAUUAUAAAAUUCUAUGAGAGUAAUAUAAUAAUAAGCAUUAAGCAGAGGUUCUUAAGUGGGUUAGCAUACGACAGAAGUGGAAUCAAAUCAUCCCGAAAACCCAAACGGCAGAUCAACAGUUCUUAGAUCGCUUACAAAAAAUUAACCUUAAAGAACCAUGGAAUUCUACGAUGGCGACCUCAAAGAUAUAUGGGACUCCGACUUAGAUCCGGAAUCCUUGAAAAUUGGCAGCGAUCACGAUAUGCACGACUGGCUGUUCGAUCGUGAUGUCAAAGAUCCCACCGUUAUACUCAAUGACAAGCUCAUCUCGGAUGCGCUGCUCAAUGGUACGCUGCCUAUCAAAACCGAGCAUUCCUAUAGCCUUAAUAGCGAUGUUGAUUCCCUGCCAGAUUCCCCAAAAAGUCGGCAGGCCAAAAUCGAGGACAUGGAUGACGAAUGUUUCCCCGCCAUUUCACUGAAGUCGGCCACCUGUGUUGCGGCCACCAUCGAUCCCAAAUGCCUGACCCUUCAUCCGCAGUCGCACACACCCGCCACACACAGCAGCCGCGUAAGCUGCAGUCCCGCCCUGAGUACAGAGCUGAGCACAGCAGCGACUUUGACACGGGCCGGCCUCCAGACGCACGAACAUCACUUGCAGACCGGGAGUAACAGUAACAGCUCCAGCCACGUGGUCGCCACUAUGGAACACUAUCAACUACCUCACUUUUACGACAAUGACUGCAGCUCGUCGUUGUCGUCGAUUCGGGAUGGCAGCAUAUCCCCGGACAUAUGCUCGGACAUUGAGAUCGACGAGUCGGCAAUCAAGGAUGAGCCCAUGUCGCCCGACUCCAGCUGCCCCGCCAGUCCCAACUCGCAGGCGAGCAGCUCCCAGCAUCACCAGCUGAGCCUCAAUCUGGCCCAUUUACAGACGGAAAUGCUCUUUGAGCAGAAGCACGGCAGCCUCUUGCUGACCAGCAGCAGCAACAAUCACCUCAUUAAGUCCCAGCAGAGACAGCACCAGCACACGCUUCUUGGAAAGGGCGAUUUGAUAAUGGGCCAAAUGGAGAUCAAGAGUGAGAAACAAAACACCAGCAACAGCAGCACCACGAGCAGCAGCAGCUCGGGCAAGUCACAUGCCUACGGCAUUCCCCUGACGCCGCCAUCAUCACUGCCCAGCGACGAUUCCGAAGGUAACUUGACACCGGAACAUUUGUUUUCGCCACUGUCGCCCAACGCUUCCGUUUCUAUAUCCGUGGCCAAUGCAGCCAAUGGCGAGUCAUCGACCAUGGUGCGACGAAAUGUUACCGGCAUCACGCGCUCUGCCAACUGCGGCGGUUCCGGCUCCAGCUCCAGCAACAGCACCACCACAACAAGGCAGCCCAUACAUACGCCGCUAAUAAGCUCCCAGCCGAAGGGCUCUACAGGCACGCUGCUACUGACAGAGGAGGAGAAACGCACCUUGCUGGCCGAAGGGUAUCCCAUACCGCAGAAGCUCCCUCUAACAAAAGCCGAAGAAAAAUCGCUCAAGAAGAUCCGACGAAAAAUUAAAAAUAAAAUCUCUGCUCAGGAAAGUCGUCGCAAAAAGAAGGAGUAUAUGGACCAGCUGGAGAGGCGCGUGGAAAUUCUUGUCACUGAAAAUCACGACUACAAGAAGCGCCUCGAGACGCUGGAGGAGACCAAUGCCAACCUACUUAGUCAGCUGCACAAAUUGCAGGCCCUAGUUAGCAAGCACAAUGUGAAAAAGUCCUAAGCCAGGCACCCAGGACGUGUGCCGGUUCCGUUUCUUGUUUGCCCGCCUUCCCUAAAUACCUAUACCUAUAACUACAUAUAAAUGUAUAUAUAGAUAUCUAUACAUAUUUUUAUUUUUUGUUCCGUCUAUUAUUUGAGUUUUGUGUGAGAGUUUUGAUGAAUUUAUGUAGGAAUUUUUGUCCGGCUUAUUGAUAACACAAAGCGGAAUAAAUAUCCUCUUCCUUCCUACUCUUAUUGCUACUCUGACACCCAUACAUAUUUUAAAAAAUUUUGCACCCAGAUGCCUAUAAUUAAAACCAUACAAUUUGAAUGUAUGGAUGUAUGCCCUAGCUACUUUUAGAACGUUUCUUAUACAUAGAUAUGUAUAUUAGUCAUGCAUUCCUGUUAUAUAAACUUUAUAGGCACAUACCAACUCCAACUACAACCACAACAGAAAGAUCGACAAGCUCAAACAGCAGAAGCCAAUUCAAAAAAGCAUCAUAAAAGAAGCUAUGUAACUAACAAUAUUUUACUCGUAAAUAAACGAAAUCAACAGACCAAAAAACAAAAAUGCAAAGAAGAAAAGCUAAGAAAAUCGGAUAUGGCAUGCUUAGGUGUUGGCUCUGUUCGAUCUGAUCUGAUAUAAUAUAACUUUAUCUACAUAAGAGCAGCGAUAUACAUAUGCAUACAUUAUGUUUUAGUAAUGAUUGAAUGAAUGAACGAAAGACUCUCGGAGUCGCAUCUCUGCACUGUCUUUGGCAUGACCCUUGUUCCUUUAAAUGUCAUUUCUCAAGAAAACAAAUGAUAAGAAAGUAUAUAUACCUAAACAAUUCCAUAAUGGAGCUAGAUAGAAUGAUUUCACAACGAACUACAUUUAUCGAUAUGCAGAACUUUAGUGGUUUUUUUUCAUAUUUUUACCGCCAGCAACCGCAAAGAAGCGCACCAAAAUGUUGAAAGAAUCUUGAAUUGGUACUCUGUCACGUUGUCUGGCCAAGUAACAAAAUUUCCGAGCCAAUUAUGAAAAAAGAAUUUUUGUUUGUUAAGUUUAAUAUUAUAAGACCUCAAAGUCCGAGGGCAGCCCAAUGUAAUCGAUUCACAAAAAGUUUUUAUUUUUAAACGAAUACAUUUGAAUUUGACUUUUUAGUGCAAUUUUUUGGCAUAAAUAGUAAUGCAGAUGAAAAAAAAAUGAGUCAUUCUAGUUUAAAUUAGUUGAAUUUAUCUAAAAAAUACUUAAGCAAAGUUUUAAGCGUAAACCGAUGAUUUCUUAUUAAAUCGAUAAUACGAGUACUAUAUAUCCAAAAUAUUUUAGAUCUUUUAAUGUAUGUUUUUUUAUUUGUGUGUAAACCAAGCGGAGUUGUGCAAUUGUUAGUAAAAUUAAACAACAAAGAAAAACCUUAUAGAAAAAUAUGAAGACACUGUCAAAAUUGACAAAUGAAAAGCUUGUGCAAUGAAAAACUUUACCUUAAAAUUCGUUAAAAAAAAAAAUAAUAAUAAAAUAUGAUAGCAAUCCAUUUGGAAAAAUAAAAGCGUUUUGGGGAUG